AUGGCUUAUAAUUCUCCUCACAGCAGCGUUCUAUCCAUUCACUGUCGCACUGCUGGGCAUGUGUCGACACAUCGCACUGAUGGAUCUGACAGGAUUGCUUCGCUUCGCUGGCUUCGGCCCCUCGUCUCCUUUGGAGGCACUUCGCGGACGCCCGAGGUGUGCAGGAGUGUUGCCCGCGACUCAUGUAUGGUGCCAUAUCAGCCCGUUCGGCAUGACAUCGCAGCUUCGUCUCACCUAAGGGUGUUAAUAGGCUGCCCUGCAAAUGCACUUAUGCGAUUUUAUUUGGCGAAUGCUCUGAAUUCGGAGGUCAAUCCGCUGAUGUCUGGCCACCGACCACAAUCUGUUUUGCUACCAAGAGGAAUCGGGAGCUGGUUUGGAGGCCAAACUUAUCUGGGGUGGAUAGCCUAG